UAGCCCCUCCACUAGAUACCCCUGUCUAGUGGUGACAUUCAGUCGCUAGAAAAAUUAGUUUGUCAAAAGCUUUCCACUGUAGCAAACAUGAAGAAGACGCUAUUGGCUGGUCUUGGGAUUUUUUUGACAUUGUCAUAUUCCCAGUUAACUGUAACAGAUGCCAUUGAGCCCGACCUGGUUCAUGGCAACAGCACUGAUCCAGUAACUGUAGAGCCCAACCUGGUUUAUGGCAAAAGCACUGAUCCAGUAACUGUAGACGUGCGAAACAAGACCACUGACACAAGUACAUGCGUUUCAUCGACUCAGACUAUCCUUGCCACUACAGGCAAACCUGAAAAUUCAGGUAACUCAUUGAAGGCGAUGCUGAUUUUGGAGGUUCUUUUGAUUGCGCAUUACCUGUAAAAGGACACCAUAAAGAAGGAGAUGGGUAGUGGUUCAGAGUCAAGCAGGGAUAAGAAUUAAAUUUAUAUGUCUAACACUUUUUUGUUAACAUUUGAGAGAUGGAAAAUUAUUUUUUUUGAGGGGAAAUUAAGCUAAUUAAGCUUUUUUAGGAGUGGAAGAAACAAGUCACAAGGAAUAAAAAAAAUGUAAAGAUCUUUAAAAAAAUUAA